AUGGUGUUGCAAGUGAUGCUUCUCGGGAAGUCUGCUCGUUCCCCACUUACUCGGCAGGACCUGUUGACGAAGUUGCGGCGUAGCUCUCCCCGUAGCUAUCAUGCUACUUGCUCCUACCGCUGGACCGAAGACAGUCUGUUCACCAGCCUCUCUCCAUUGCCUCUCUCUGCCGUGAACGGGAGUCAAUGUUGCUUCUAUGCGUUUAAGGCCGACCUGUUCUGCGGAGGGAAUAAUGAUGAUGUCCGGGUAGUCGUCAUGCUUCUUAUGGAUCUCACAGCCGCCGUGGAUAACCUCAUUGCCACCGCCACCGAGAAAGAAGAAGUAGGUUCACAAGAAACGGAUGAAAGUAAUGUGCUGCUUAUUGAACUCGCAGAUGUGUGGGAGCAGUCGGAGGAAGUUCGCCGUGCCUACUUAGAACGCUGGGGAGCGGAGGAACACGAUUACCACCAUACAAUGGUGCGACGGGUGAUGCUGUCGGCGGGCCAUGUCUACGCUCUACCUCUUUCAUUGCGGCCCACCCUUCCUACACAGAGCCAGGGGAUAGAACCGCAUUUACAGUUUCUUGCAAUGGAUGCAGGGAUGCGAAAGCGGUGUCGUGAGGAUGCGGCAACAGAAGCCUUGCAUCUAUGGGCCAAUGAAGUGGAACGAAUUAUGCGAGAGGAAUCCUGUCACCUUACGGUAGCAGCAGUUCCUGCUUCUGUGGCGGAACUUGUGGACGCUCACCCGCAGCUUGUACAGGCGGCACUGCUUCAUCACACUGUUCGACAGCCGUUGUCAUGCCUUGCAAUUGGAUCACAGUCAUCGCCCACUCGAUCGGGAGAAAUUGUUUAUAGUGUCAUACAAGAGUACCGCGUAUUGGUGCAGAGCAAACGUUACGUGCGGAUGCCUCUUUACAUGUCGCGUUAUUCCUUUGCUCAUUUGUUUUGUGCUAGCCUUCCUCGUUUGCUUGUGGAAAAGCCACUGUCACAAGCACACCCUUUGUCGAUGCCAGUGUUCACCGUGGAAGGGAGUAGCGAGGACGUGGAGGCUGAUGAGCGAGAACUUCUUCAUGGGCUGCAGCUUACUAUUGCCCUUCACCGGCUUCGUUGUGAGGUUAAAGGGCAGCAUACUUUUGUCAUUGAGCAAUUCCUGAAGGAACUGCAGUGUAGAAAUGAACGUAUUGCUACCAGCUGCGGUGAAGCCGAUGACGCGUCUUUGCAGCGUCGUCUUGAUCGCCUACGGCGAAAAGUAAUGCCUGUAGCUAGUAUGCGCGGUGGCUCCGUCGAUUGGAUGCGCUCCUAUGCCCAGGAGGCGGCGAUAGGCCACAAUGUGACGGAGAAGGGAAUUGCCCGUUUCGAGGAAUCUAUGCUUGACAAUAGCGAAAGCGGUAGCAUAUCCGAAAGUGAUGAUGAUGUAGAGAGGGAGGAUGGUGCAUUCUACAAUGAGGAUGGCGGGGACACCGUUGGUGUGUCGCAGCAAUUGGAGGAGAUGGAUUGCUUCUUGGAGAUGCGGAUGCGCCAGGCAGUACUUGGAAGUUGUGAGGUUGAGAAGGCGACGCUGAGUAGAGUGGUAGAUAAUGUUCUUUUCCUUGAGACGGUGCAAAUGCUCGCACAGGAUGAGCUAUCCCUGAAAUAA